AUGGGACCAUGGAUAUUUGGAUCACGUUGGUUCACCAUCACCCUCUGCUUGGCCAUCUUCUGCCUUGGCCUGACGCUCGUCGGCCUUGGGGCAACCUGGGUAAACCGUUACUACGGCAUCGUCUCUGGUGACGCUGACGCCCACCUGAAGCACGCACCUCGUCAAGGCAUAAAAUCACGCACUUGCGGCCUCAUCUACAUGUAGGUUCUCUCUUUGUUUUCCACUCACUCCCACUCGCUCUCUUUGCCGUGUCCUUCAGGUGAGAGAGAGACAGAGAGUGAGUGAGUGAGGAAUUCGUUUUCUCUUUGAAGUUUAAAUCCAACACUUUCAGCAAAAGGGGACUCCAUUUGCUCUGGACGGAAUACAAACUAACAAAUCACUCAAGAAUCAAAUAUAUUUACACAAAAACAAACAACUAUUAUGGGGAGAGUUCGAGUCUUAGCUUCUGCGUUUCUGUCUCUUCACACGUACAGUAGGUGGGCUAACUCAUGAAAUGUCAACCGAAAUUCCAAAAUGCGUUUUCGUUUCGAAAAGAUUACUUUAAUAGGGUUACAAAUAUAAUCAUUAAGCAGCAUAAUUCUAUAAUACUUCAGUUACUUAAGGAUGCCGGCUUUCGAAUGAACAUCCUUCCGUCUGCAUGCAAAAACCACACUCUGUAAAAAAUGACUAUUUAUUUGGCAUGUAUUUUUUUCACUGAUUUUCGAGGCCCCUAAAAGUCUAGUUAUAUUUCAUGGAAAACAUGCACAAAGAUAUUUAUGCUUUUGCUCAUUCGGUAGACAAUUGCGUCUUCUUCCAAUUUUAUACUCCAAGGAAGGGGAUAAUUCGGCUUUUAAAAACUUUCCAUACUCCCGAAUGCUUUUGGGUUUGGCCUGCCGUUACACUUGCAUUCAGAGUUUCCAAUCUACAAACCUUCUAUUUUCCGCGUAUGGGAAACCAUAUAUUUCCUUAUUGUACUAAGUGGAGAUCAUAUGGAGUUCAUAAAAUUUAGCAAUGGAUUUGAGCCAUAUUGUUAAUUUUACAGGCCGAAUUGGUAAAUGCAGAGACAUGAUGUUUUAUGAACGGCCAUUUCGCAGUUAUAAAAAUCUCACAAUUAGAAACGUUUUCAAAACCAAAUUAUACCCUUCCUUGGAGUAUAAAAUUGGAAGAAGACGUAAUUUCCUACCGAAUGUGCAGAAAAGUGAAUAUUUUUAUGCAUGUUCCCCAUAAAAUAUACCUGAAUUUUUAAAGGCAUAGAAAAUCAGUGAAAAAAUGCGUGCUACGUAUGUACUCAUUUUUUACAGGGCCUAGUUUUUGCAUGCAGAUGAAAAGGAGUUCGUUCGAAAUCUGGCAUCCUGAUGUAACGGCAUUAUUUUAAAGUAAUGGCGCAUGAUAAUUAGUUUUACAACCUCACUUAAUUAAUAUUUUCGAAACGAAAGGGAAUUUUGGAAUUUCAGUUGACAUUUCAUGAGUUAGCCCACUGUUGUAAGACAGCAUGCCAGGAAUGGCUAUGCAGAGUUCUGAAAUGCCGAGUUACAGCAGGAGAUUCGGUUCAGUUCAGUUUAUUUGAGGGAAACUUAAGUGCUGAAUCUUUUAACUCCCUAUUUGCCACAAGGAAGGGAAGUAUAUCCAAAAUCUUAAAACGAAAACAUCAAACAGCUACAGAACUUUGCCGAAACCGGGCAGAUAAACAAGUUCUUGCAAGUGUUAAAAACACUAACACUACUAAAUUCCCUGUAUAAAAGUCAGUCUACGCAUAAUUCUGCUGUGGAAAAUUGGCACGGUCUCAGUUAUAUGGGGAAGACGAUGUUAAUGCCAACAUUCGCGUUCAGCGGACUUGGGACGAUAAUUAGGCAAAAACAAACGUUACUUAAAUACGAACAGUAAUAGUAAAACAGUAAUAAACUGUGAGAACGGAAUGUUAAGGCGGUAUUGGUCGGGUGACACUAUGAUGUUUAGAGGUAUACUGAUUCAACUUGCGCUUAAAGACCACGACGGAUGUGGACAUGACGAUAUCGGCAGGCAACAUUCCAAACCUCGAACACUCUCAUGGAGAAGGACUUCCGUGUUUCCAGUCUGGCGCGGUCACAAGGAGUUUGAAAGGAUGACCUCGGAGUUUUGUUGUCAAAAGCCACGGUACAUGGGGCAGGAGGACUUUAUAGCAUUGAGUUCAAAAUGUAAGGGAUGGACAACGUCAUCUAGAAUUCGUCCACCAAAUUGCUUGAGCGUUUCGAAAUGUCGCUACAAGAUAAUAUCGAUCAAAAUGACAUCAGAAACACCGGCAGCGGUAGAGAGCAUUAGGAGUACUCGUUUUAAAUUUAGCACAUCUUUGUGAGCAAAAAAAGAUAAGGGUCAGUGGAAUAAUAAAGAAUGAGAGGGAGAAUGCAAGCAUCUACUGAUCGCCAGAUUAAGGAUUGAGGAGUACGGUAGGAACUUAACGACGAAUUUAAUAAAGAAGUUAAUGAAUUUUAAGGAUUAGGGUCUCAAUAUGAAGGGUACUUAAAACAAAAAACGAACGAAAAUGGACGUUAGUUGAGAGACUUUCUGGCAAGCCGAUGCGGUUUUCUUGAACCCAUAAAAGAUGUGCGUUGCCGCGCCCAAUAGACAAAGGGACAGACCAGGCCGACAGGUGUGUAUGAAACCUCAAAUACGGAGCCCAAAUACCGGAUCUAUCUCAACACCGGCCGAAAAAAACCAAUCUUGCCUUUGACAUUUGCGAUGUGAUCAUUAGGCCGACCAUAGACGACUGAUGUGUGGUCAUUCCAUAAGAAUACUUAAGAUGUCAUAGCCAAGGCUGUGUCAACUGGUAUGAGGGUGGAAUUCUCGGCAUUAAGUGAUGCCGACUGCUCGACUGUGAGACGCCUGGCUCCCACCAGUCCUGAUAAACCACAUUUUCCGCCCUGUCAGUGGGACAGGAUUGCAAAGCAAAGGAGAGGUGUCAGUGCUACAGUAGGUGGGCUAACUCAUGAAAUGUUAACCGAAAUUCCGAAAUGCGUUUUCAUUUCGAAAAGAUUAAUUGAAUAGGGUUGUAAAACUAAUCAUCUUGCAGCAUAAUUCUAUAAUAAUUCAGUUACCAGGGGAUGCCAGCUUUCGAACGAACAUCUUUCUGGCUGCAUGCAAAAACUUAGUUCUCUGAAAAAUGACUACUUAAUUAGCAUGACUGUUCAUCUUUAAUUUUCGAUGCCUUUAAAAAUUCAAUUAUAUUUCCUAGAAGACGUGCACAAACAUAUUCAUUCUUUUAGUCACUCCGCAGAAAAUGACGUCUUCUUUCAAGCUGUUAUUCAAAGGAAGUGUAUAAUUCGGUUUUUGCAAAUUUUCCCAAUUCCCGAAUAAUUUUUAAUCUGAUAUACUGACUUGCGUUCAGGAUUUCCAACCUAAAAGCCGUAUAUUUUCCGCGUACACAAAACCAUACAUUUCUCUAUGGUAUUAAGAGUAAACCAUAUGGGUUCAUUAAAUUCAGCAGUAAAUUUGGGUCACAUUAUUUACUUUACAAGUCACAUCGGUAACGACUUAUGAGCGGCCAUUUCAGGGCAUUAAAAAAUCUCACAAGUAGACACUUAUUGAAAACCGAAUUAUACACUUCCUUCGAAUGUAAACUUGGAAGACGAAGUAAUUUUUUAACGAAUGAGCAAAAGAAUGAAUAUUUUUAUGCAUGUUUUCCAUGAAGCAUAAUUGAAUUUUUAAGAGCAUUGAAAAUCAAUCAGAAAAGGCAUGUUAAUUAAGUAAUCGUUUUGUACAGAAUAUGGUUUUUACAUGUAGCCAGAGAAAAGUUCAUUCGAAAGCCGGCAUAUUGAAGUAACUGAAUUAUUAAAGAAUUAUGCUGCACGAUAACCAGUUUUAUAACACUGGUUAAUUAAUCUUUCCAAAACGAAAACGCAUUUUGGAAUUUCUGUCGAUAUUUCACGAGUUAGCCCACCUACUGUAGGUCUGUCUCGCUCUACGUAAUCACACCCACGCCCAGGUCAUGAAUACUUCCUGGAAGUGGCAACGUCCUCUGCCCGAGUGAAUGGAUUUUCGGUGUGAUGAGUCGAAGUAACUAAUUUACGGGUUUACUCCAAGUUAGCGAUUAAAUUCUGGGGAAUUUAAAAGGCUGUGAGUUCAAAACUGUAGUAUCUACCAGAAAAGCACAAGGGGAACCCACUGAUGAGCCAACUUCUCGCAGCAGUGUCAUGCAGCGACAGAAUAUCAGCGAAACAUACGUGUCUGGGCUUUUUACUAGUAUCUCUGCUGUCAGGUACAGCAUGUCGUGCGACCUAUGCAAAUAAAAUUGACCGUCUGUUGACAGUUUAUGAAUAUUACGCAAUCAUUCCGUUGUGGCUGUUGGACUCUGGCCCAAAUACUCAUAUCAAACUCCAGUGCGAAUUUACAGGACUCGAGCAUACUGAUUUACUCCAAGUUAUCGAUCAGUUUUUGGGGAAAUUAACAAGCUGCAAGUAUAUCUUUCUUUUUUAUUAAGGUUUGAAAAUGGCUAAAAAGCUCGCAGAGUAGAUGAAAAUAACCCACAGCGCAUCGACCCGUGCCUUUGGUGCUAACCAGUAGAAUUUAAAUCAAUAGAUCUUAGCUUCAACUCCAAGGACGCCCUUUCUGGGUUUUAGUUAUGGCCUCACAUUUUCAUGGCAUCCGUCGCAGCCCUUUAAAACCUAAUUUCUCUCAUUUUCUUCUUAUAUAUAUUUUCUCUCACGUUGAUAUCUUUCAUUCUUAUGAAGCUUCAAGCAAAUUUUUAAAAACCUGUUUAAAAUGAACCCUACGUGCUCGGGAGAUGCUGAAUUCCUGAGUUCGAUUGUCGAGAGAAUUUGAACCCUGCUUUAUAAACUCCAGUCCAUACUCAUUGGUGCGGCGGUAAAGGGAGGCUACUGGCAGAAGUUACAUCAUGAAGUUAAGUUUUAAUCGAUCUUCAUGGUGAAGGUUUGCUACCCCAACACUUACCCUCCCUCCCCACUCUCCCACAGAUCCUUUGCCAGCGGCCUGUGGAUGACGGUUGUCGGAACGCAGGUGAUUAUUCUCGCCUUCGUGCUUUUCGGUGUAUCACUCUGGGUGAGGAUCACUUGCACAACUUUUGAACGACGUAGACUGGAUGUGCUUUGGUGA